CUCUGGAGCGGAGGAUCGAGAACCAUGGAGCCCAGGAUCUUUGCUCCUGUCUGUGUGUUAGUCUUCCUUCUCCUCCAGUGCUCAAAGACAGUCACAGACACCCCUGCUGGCCCAGGGGAGUGGCUGUGCCAGCAGGUGUCCGGGUGUGGAGAUCAGAUCUACAAUCCCUUGGAGCAGUGCUGUGAUGAUGAUACUGUCCUGCCCCUGAAUCGGACCAAACUCUGUGGCCCCAACUGCACCUUCUGGCCCUGCUUUGAGCUCUGCUGUUCUGAGUCCUUUGGCCCCGAGAAGAAGUAUGUUGUAAAGUUGAAGGUUCUGGGUGUGAAUUCCCGAUGCUCUUCCUCCCCCAUCUCUGGGGACUGUGCCAGCAGAAAGAUAUUUUCUCAUUGAGAAAGAAACUGAAGAAAAUAAAUUUCCACUAAGGCAGCUCAGAAAAGAAGGCUGGGGCAGGCCUUAGAGACUGCAGUGAAGAGCCUGGGAUUCACACCUUUGAGAGGCCUAGUCUGACUGCCACCUGAUGUUGCCACCAGGCUCCAAUUUAUGGUCUGCCCAUUGUAUCAGGCUUUGCUCCUUGUAUGUCUGCCCCU